AGAUUUGUUUUAUCCCCCGUAUGUGUGUGAAUAUAGAUGGGGCGUUGAUUCUCUUCUGGGAGUGGGAUUUUUAUACUAACCGUGCUCCACGUAACCUCCUUGUAAAUUCUUUCAUUGUGCUGUUUUCCCAUUAAUUACCAGACUUGUUCCCACAUCUUUGUGGAGUUGGGUUAGAUUUGAAAUCUGUAUGGAAACUGGGCAGCGUAAUAUGGAGGAUUUUCUUUUUGUGGGCUUGGUAGGUUGAUUAUGGGCUGUUUAUGAACAGACUUAAGUUUUAACUAACCAUUAAAAUGUAAAUAGUGUUUAUUUUAAACCUCACUUUGAUAACAUCGGAUAGUUUCAAGGUAGUUGAAAAAAACAGUUGAUUGUCCAAACACUUUCCAAUAUUCAUUUGGAUUAAAAACAGCCUCUGAAAUUUCAGUCAUGGAGAGUCACCAUUUAUUUUCUAACUUUCAGAAUGAAAGGCUCUCAUAUAGUUGUAAGGUAGUGACAGUUAAAAUUUCUUUUAUAUUGGUUACUGGAUAUUAUUUGGUUGGUGUGUCAAAGGGGAGGGGGCCUGUUCUGUUUUGACGUGAUCUUUUGUUUAUUCUAUUCUGUCUUGGUUAGCUAUUAGUUUCCUUCUUCACCUGUUAUAGAUUUAGUUGUUAGUUUGGCAACAUGGCUGAUGUUUUUCUGGCUCUGUUUCCCUUGUUUUCUCUCAUCUUCUCUUAUCCUUGCCCCCAGGUGCUGAAGUCUGCUUGUUGGGGAAGGUGGGCAGUCUGUGCUUCUGAGAGCCAAGAAGGGGAGCAGCAAAUUCUGUCUUAUGUUCAAUCACAUUGAGAGUCCUCUACUUAGUCAAGAGCCAGUUUUCUCAUCCUGCCUUUCUCCCUGCAGGGGGAGGAGUCUAUAUUCAGGACGAAGUAAUCCCAGGAAAGGAAGAACAGCAGAUCAAGAUGUGUAGCUCUGUGGCUGCCAAGUUGUGGUUCUUGACAGAUCGUCGAAUCAGGGAAGACUAUCCCCAAAAAGAGAUCUUACGAGCGUUAAAGGCCAAAUGUUGUGAGGAGGAACUGGACUUUAGGGCUGUGGUGAUGGAUGAGUUGGUGCUAACAGUUGAACAAGGAAACCUGGGUCUGCGUAUCAAUGGAGAACUAAUCACUGCCUACCCGCAGGUGGUGGUAGUGAGAGUACCAACCCCUUGGGUGCAGAGUGACAGUGACAUCACUGUUCUGCGCCAUCUGGAGAAGAUGGGAUGCAGGCUGAUGAACCGACCUCAAGCCAUCCUGAACUGUGUUAAUAAGUUCUGGACGUUUCAAGAGUUGGCAGGUCAUGGUGUUCCUCUGCCAGAUACUUUUUCUUAUGGUGGUCAUGAAAAUUUUGCUAAAAUGAUUGAUGAAGCAGAAGUACUGGAGUUCCCAAUGGUGGUGAAGAAUACACGGGGUCAUAGAGGCAAAGCGGUUUUCUUGGCUCGAGAUAAGCACCAUUUGGCUGAUCUAAGUCAUCUUAUUCGCCAUGAAGCUCCAUACCUGUUCCAGAAGUAUGUUAAAGAGUCUCACGGAAGGGAUGUACGUGUCAUUGUCGUGGGAGGCCGUGUGGUUGGCACCAUGUUACGCUGUUCUACAGAUGGGAGGAUGCAGAGCAACUGCUCACUAGGUGGUGUUGGAAUGAUGUGCUCAUUGAGUGAACAAGGGAAGCAGCUAGCUAUCCAGGUGUCUAAUAUCCUAGGAAUGGAUGUGUGUGGCAUUGACCUGUUGAUGAAAGAUGACGGCUCCUUCUGUGUCUGCGAGGCCAAUGCAAAUGUAGGUUUCAUCGCCUUUGAUAAGGCUUGUAAUCUAGAUGUAGCUGGUAUCAUUGCGGACUAUGCCGCCUCCCUUCUGCCCUCUGGCCGGCUCACCCGGCGUAUGUCCCUGCUCUCCGUGGUGUCCACGGCCAGUGAGACUAGUGAGCCGGAGCUGGGUCCCCCAGCCAACACUGCUGUCGACAACAUGAGCGCAAGUUCCAGCUCUGUUGACAGCGACCCUGAAACCACCGAGCGAGAGCUGCUCACCAAGCUCCCAGGGGGCCUAUUCAACAUGAACCAACUGCUAGCCAAUGAAAUCAAACUCCUGGUGGAGUGAUUCCACCGGUAAAUAAUUAACCAACAAAACCCUUGUAAAACUUUCUUUUUCUUCUUUCCUUUUUUUCUUUCUUUUUUCUUUCUUUUUUAAACCAACUUGCAAUGCUGUUCAUGAAAAAUGCUCAGGAAGAUGAGAAAAUUAAGUAGGAGUAGUUAGGAGGGAAGAAAUGGGAGAUAGACAUGAUCUCUGCUAUUAAGAUGUUACUUUUAUUUACAAAUGCUACAGAUAGAGAGGCAGAAGAGGUGAGAGAGAAAAAUGUCAGACUCUUUUAAGUUACUCAGCAAUGUUUAGGCUCUCAGGCCAUGAAGAUCAUAAUUUUUCUCAUGGUCCCUUUUGUUUUUGUACAGUUGGUACAAAUUUCACAGAAGUGUAAUUUCAUAUUGUGUUUUAAUGGAUGAGGUAAACAUUCACCUAAAUUAUAAUUUUUCAUUUUUUAAAAAUCUGAAAAUUCAGCCUAUACACUAUUAACUAGUAGCUUUAUCUUCGUAUUUAUGAAAUCCUGAGGGACUCUCUUAGCGACUUUUUUCAACCCUUGAAAUGGGUGGGAGGGCAACGUGAGUGUGACCCAAUAAAAAUUUCCUUUAAUGACAAAAUUGGCAUGUUUGCAUGAUAAAAGGGAAAUGAACAGUAUUGCAAUGUCUGGCACACAAAAUAACAUUUACUCCAUUGUAGAUAAAAUUGCACUAGUUAAAAAUAUGUGCAUUGACUUGUAUUUGUUAGUGUUUUAGCCUUUUUUGAAAGACAUAUGCUCUGUUAAUGUUGCAUUUUUUUUAAUACAUGCUAGUCUUAACAUUCCCUGAUCUAUGCCUGCAUCUUUAACAAUGGCCAAAGUGAAGAAAAUGCUACCUUUUUUGUUAACAAGACACUGACUUGAAACAUGUGCAUUUAAGCCUUUUAUUUUUUCCUUUUUUCUUUUGGUGGUUGGGCAUUUAAAGAAUAAGGACAAGGAAAAAUAUUUUGGGGGGCAAAUCAAGGGCCUAUAAGUUCCUGAGUAUAAAAUGGAAGUGAUUCCAUCAUUAUUUAUUUGCAUUUUUCACAUUUUAAGAGGGAGUUGUGUGUGUGUGUGUGUGUGUGUGUGUGUGCAUGUGCUUACACACGCAUGCAUGUUUAUGUGUUUGCUUUUUGUUUACACCAACCAAUCAAAAAGGAUAGAUACUAGAAAAUGGAGCAUGAUAGGAAACACAGUUUUUUACUUAAAAAAAAAAAACAGUCGAGUUGUUUUCAUAACUGUACUCUGCUGGGUUAGAGGUACUCACCUGAAGAUAUGAAGAGAAUAGAUGCUUUUUAGGCUUUUGUGUAUAUGUGUGUUUGCUUUUUUUCUUUGAUUCUAGACUGUCCAGUGUAUGAUUUAUUCAAGGCUACAUGCUUUCCCUCUGCUUCUUGCUGUGCAUUUUUUCCUAUUACACAUAGAUUUUGGGGUGGGGUAGACUGAACAUUUUUUGUUUGGGGACUUAGAAGUCUCUUAUAGCCCUACUCUGAAGCCUUCAAUAUUCUCUUUAUAUUUCUUUAUUUCUGAAUUCAUAAAAGCCCCCAAACUGCAUAUAAUAUGAGCCUUUAAACAUGGGAAACUAUUCCAACGAAUGGUUUGGAAGGUGUGUUAAGAAGUAGAGAUGCUGCAGAGCUCAACGUAAUUUUUUUAAGCAGCAAGUUCCAUCUCCCUACAAUCCUCUGAAGCUUUUUACCCAAGUCCUUUCUUGCCUCUCCAGUGCUUUUUUUCCUUCAGAUGGACCUUAAACAUAAUUUCUUGGACACUUACUAGAGAGACUUCAAGGCAAUAAGAUCAGUAUUAACCAGCUCUAACGGAGGUUUGAUCAUGCUUACUUGUACAGUUUUUUCCCCAUUUUAAAAAAAAAAGGAAUGUAAUAAAAUUUGUUUUCUUUUCCAUAGAAUUAAAUAAUAUUAAAAUGGAGUGAAAGGUUGAUUGUUGACAAAUAGAAUAGUACCUCUAAUCUGUGCAGUGUCUCAUUUCACCUUAGAAAAAGAUGUAUAAAGAGGAGUUUAUGGUUUACUAGAUAUGCUAGUCUCAUCUAAAAGAAUUUGACUUAUACAAGGUUAUCAUGGGACAUAUUGUGGCAUAUAUAAGUACCGCUGGCUCACUUGGUACUUCUGUUACUGAAUGACCGUACUUUGGAAGAUGCACACUGUUUGGGAUAGAGAACUGCAAAGGGAGAACAUUUAAUUAAAUCAUCAUUCAUAUGUGUAUAGAGACCAUUUGGUUGCCACAUAGAUUAUGACACAUACACACACUUCAAAUAGUUACAUAUCACAUGUAUAUAGGUCAGUGAAUUUUAAAACACAGAUAGAACACCCUCUCUAUUUGAUGAAAAACUCAAGGUUUCUGUUGGAUGGGAUAAGGCACCAGGAAGGAUGUAGGUGUAGCCUUGUAAAAAAUUACAAAUUGACCAAAUACAUUAGAGAAAAUACCUGAGAUUAUUUCACUUUUACUUUUGCUCACUAUCUAUCUUUUGUGCAUUCACACUCUAUUAAGACAUAGCCUUACCAACCUACUUCUGGAUCAUACACUCAUAUGUUAGAAUGAGAAGGGCAAGGAUGGUCAUCUUAGAGUUAAAGAACACAAAUGUCCUCUUGAAUUCUCUCAAAAAAGUAAAGACUAUGAACAAACCAUACUGGAAGAACCCAAAUAAACCAGCCCAGAUAUUUAAGUGAAAGUUAAAUAUAUUUUCAUAUGGUUUAGUAAAUUUCUUAAAAUCUUUAUUGCUAUUAUGAAAGUUAAAAAUGUGUAUUAACCAAAUAUGUAUAGUUGUUAUCAUGUGCAAAUCUGAAUUAUUGUAAAACUAUUAUAUAUUGUUAAAAUUGUAAUUCUGAAUUGUAUUUAAACAUAAUUCUUUCUGAUAUUGCUUUUAUGUCACCCAUGAUGAAAAGCGGACUAUAUAUAUAUACACAAACAUACAGAUUUGAACUAUUCCAUUUAAAAGUUUUAAUAGUUAUUUUCUUUUGAUUGGUCAUUUCUGCUGGCUUUAACUCCACUGAACUUUGAAAUAUUUCUGUAUAUGCUAUCAAAUAAGGAAACAUCCUGGAAUAUUUAGGAAAAAAAUCCAUUGAGAGACUUGUUUUCAUCAAGCACUUUAUCAGACUUUUGAGAAGGUAUUGAAGACAUUGAAAGAAGUCAUUGACUUUCAUGAUCAUCUCUUCUUUUUCACAAGAAGAAAACAAGGAAAAAGAAAUUCUCCUCCUUCAAAUGAAUCCCCAGUUUGGGGUCUGGGGCGCUUAGAGACGUUGUGAAAUCCAAUCUUGUGUUACAUUUUUCUCCUGGCUCACUCACUCUUUUUGAGAAGGUUUAUGGGCUAUAUGGCUGGUGAGACACGAUCCCCUCCUAAGAAAAUGUAGGUGCUCAGACAGGUAACCUCUGCUGCUACUGUUUUUAUUUGUUUGUUUGUUUGUUAAAUUUCUUUUAAAGUUUGUUUUUGUUGUACUAGGAUAUUUUUAAAUGUAAUAUAUUGCAGGAUUUAUAACCAGGUACUGCUUUCUUUCUUUCUUUCUUUUUUUUUUUCCUUAAAAAACAAAACAAAACAAAAUUUCAUUUAAGAUACAUUUAGGCGCCUUUGAAGCUUGGAUUUUGGACUGUUUCAGUAGUGGACAGAAAUCUGCUGUUGGAAUCUCCUAGUCUUCCAGGUUUAAUUUGAAAUGUUUUUAGUUUUGUUUUGGAUUUUUGUGUGGUAUUUUAUUUCUUUUAUACCAAUUGCCCUUUUGCCAUGCUGUUUUGGGGUGGCUGCCUAACUCUAGUGACAAUUCUUUCUACAUUAACGAAAAUGUGGUGUUUUGAAUUCCAUAAUGUUUUGCAUUUUUAAAAUUGUUUCUAAAGAAAUAUUCUAACUGCUUGCACUAUUACUGUUCUUUGCCAGCCUUUUCAGGAGCCAAAAAAACAAAAACAAACAAACAAAAAAAUACCCAGAGAAAAAACUUUCCUUCUUCCCCCUUCCUGAUGAUGAGUGAGAAGUAUUGAGAACUUUCGGGGUCAGUGCCCUUCUAAACUCCCCUUCCCCCAAUAAUGCAGCUGUAGAGUGAAUGGUAAAUGCAGCGGUUUGGAUUCAGGCACAACCCCAGCCUGCUGGCAGCAGAGAAAUAAACUGGUAGGUGGCAGCAGAAGAAAGAAUUCUUCAGAUUGAUGGCUACUGGCAGUCUGCAUAGAAGAGAGAGAACGUGACAUACCAUGUCCAGCAACAGGGCAGAAAUGAAAACAGGACUGCAGUUGCUGAUCUUGACUUUAAAAUGGUUCUUUAGGUCUCACAGAAUGGAUGAAGAUUGAUCUUGACUGAAUGCUUUUUCAAAUGGAGGAUAGAAGUAACACAAAACAAGGCAGCCGUAGCUCUCCAGUGUUUAAUUCAAUGUGCUUUCUUUAUAAAAUAAAAACACCAGAAGUGGGAAUGAAACAGCA